GAAAAGGGAACCGUGUGGACUGCUUUUGACCGUUCAGUUUCGUACCGCUGUUGUACAGGUUCAACAACUCGUCAUCUGAUUGGUUAAUCUCGCCUGUACGGCUAAAGAUUACGCCAAUCAUAUUCAUGUGCGCUGACAAAUAUAAUUUUGUCUUGUCCGCGGUAAAUGUAGGACAGGGCUGCGGGAAAAGAAGACGCAUCGCAGCUAUCUAACCACGUCAACCCAUCAAUUCCCUGAUAUUCUGCCUCGCUUUUAGACAACAGGUAUGGCAGAGGCUCACCAGGCAGUAGCGUUCCAGUUCACUAUAACCCGUGAAGGAAUAGAUCUACAGCUCUCUCAUGAGGCACUCAGACAGGUCUACCUGUCUGGCCUUCGCUCCUGGAAGAAACGUGUUGUACGCUUAAAGAAUAAUGUAAUAACAGGCGUGUAUCCGGCAAGCCCCUCCUCCUGGUUGUUCGUUGUCAUAGCGAUCCUGGCCACUAUGUACACGCGCUCAGACCCCUCAAUGGGGCUUAUUGCCAAGAUCCAGGAGCACCUGCCUGCCAGUGACUCUCUGAGUGUGCAGUGUCAGACAGUGGUGUCAGCUGUGUUGUUCAGUACCCUGCUGUGGCUCUCACUCAUCUUCACCAUGAAACUUUGUCUGAAGCAGCUGCUCUCUUACCAUCACUGGAUGUUUGAGCAGCACGGCAACUUGUCCAACACCACCAAAGUCUGGGUGAUGUUGGUAAGGAUCUUCUCUGGACGGCAACCUCAGCUGUACAGCUAUCAGGGCUCUCUGCCAAAUCUGCCUGUUCCUACCAUUAAAGACACCAUCAAGAGGUAUUUGGAGUCUGUGCGUCCCUUGAUGAGUGAUUCAGAGUUCAAGAGGAUGACCACUCUAGCGAAAGAGUUUGAAGAUAGUCUGGGGAGCAGGCUGCAGUGGUACCUCAAGCUCAAGGCCUUGUGGGCCUCUAACUACGUGAGUGACUGGUGGGAGGAGUAUAUUUACCUGAGGGGACGGGGUCCCAUCAUGGUGAACAGUAACUACUAUGGCAUGGACUUCCUGUACGUAACUCCGACACCUAUCCAAGCGGCACGAGCAGGGAACACCCUCCAUGCCAUCCUUAUGUACCGCAGAAAGCUGAAUAAAGAGGAGAUCAAACCUAGUCGUAUUCCUGGUACUUUUAUUCCUCUGUGUGCAGCUCAGUGCGAGAGGAUUUUCAACACUACACGAAUUCCAGGAGAUGAGACUGACUCUGUGGUACAUUGGCAGGACAGCGAGUAUGUAGCAGUCUACCAUCGGGGGCGCUAUUUCCGCCUGUGGUUGUACCAGGCUGGCAGGAUGCUGUCGCCACGGGAGAUAGAGCACCAAAUCCAGCGUAUCCUUGAUGACCCAUCGCCCCCGGCGCCUGGCGAGGAAAAACUGGCAGCACUCACUGCAGGGGACAGAAUCCCAUGGGCCCAGGCCAGAAAGGAGUUUUUCAGCUCUGGAGUGAACAAAAGAUCUUUGGACUGCAUCGAGAAAGCCGCAUUCUUUGUUUCCUUGGAUGAAGAAGAACAAGGCAUGAUGGGAGAUGACCCAGAGGCUAGUCUGGACCGUUACGCAAAGUCACUUCUACAUGGAAAGUGCUAUGACAGGUGGUUCGAUAAGUCCUUCUCGGUGGUGCUUUAUAAGAACGGAAAGACCGGCCUGAAUGCAGAGCACUCGUGGGCUGAUGCCCCCAUCGUCUCCCACAUGUGGGAGUAUGUUUUGGCUACUGACAGCUUUCGUCUGGGUUACAACGAGGAAGGGCAUUGUAAAGGCGACGUGAACCCCUCGCUUCCCUGUCCCCAGAGGCUCACCUGGGACAUUUCCGUAGAGUGCCAGGAGCGGGUCAGGCGUUCGCUGGCAGUGGCGUGCGCGCUCGCCGAUGACAUCGACUUCCACGUGUUCCCCUUCCGUGACUUUGGCAAGGGCAACAUCAAAAAGAUCCGGAUGAGCCCAGACGCUUUCAUCCAAGCAGCACUGCAGCUGGCCUACUACAGGGAGAGAGGGAUAUUUUGUCUGACAUAUGAGGCGUCCAUGACUCGUCUUUUCCGCGAAGGCCGGACAGAAACUGUACGCUCGUGUACCAGCGAGAGCUGUGCCUUUAUUAAAGCGCUGGAGCAUGGAAAGCCUGCUGAUGUAUGCAGGCGUUUGUUUCGCACUGCCUCUGAGAAGCAUCAGCUGCUUUACCGGCUGGCCAUGACGGGGGCGGGGAUCGACCGCCAUCUGUUCUGUCUUUAUGUGGUUUCCCAGUACCUGGGUGUAGAGUCACCCUUUCUCAAAAAGGUGUUGUCUGAGCCCUGGCGUCUCUCUACCAGUCAGACUCCGUUUCAGCAGGCUGAGCUGUUUGACUUCGUUAACCACCCAGACUUCAUCAUCUGUGGAGGAGGCUUUGGACCUGUUGCAGAUGAUGGCUAUGGGGUGUCCUAUGCUAUAGUUGGAGAAAAAUUAAUGUGUUUCCACAUUUCUAGCAAACACUCGUGCCCACAAACUGACUCCCACAGGUUCGGGACACAGCUCAGGAAGGCCCUGUUGGAUCUUUUGCAGCUCAUGAGUGGCGACCAACCGGAAGAGUCCAGAAGCGAGCAGAACCAUGGGCCAAAACCCCAGAGCAAGAAAGAGCUGUAGGGUGGGGAUGUAGGGUGUGGGUUGGGUUGGGGUUACAGGGCAAGGUGUCAUGAGGGACCGGUGCGUCCUAGAGCACUGUCCAUCAAACAUGCUAGCUUGUUUCAGGGGUUCGGUGUUGGUGUGUAGGCUGAGGAGGCAAAUUAGGAAUUUGAAUCAGUAUACAGCGCUUGCCAGAACUCUUUAAGAAAAGCCGCAUACAGGCUGAAGGGUCACGAUUGUCCCUAAUGAUGUACAAAGGCAUUUCUCAAUUUUACAGACCAUGAAUAAUCAUGAUUAUUCAUUCUUACUUUAGUCAACAUGGUGCAAUAGGCAAUUAAAGUGACCCUGAAAACAGUGUCAGCACAAUAACUCACCUUUUAACCUCACUCUUCAAUAUGAAAAGUACAAAUUAUAGGACUUGAAUGAACUUGAGGUAAAGUUAAAGGACUUGAAUAAACUUGACGUAAAGUUACAGGACUUGAAUAAAGCCCUCAGACUAGACUGUCUGAGGUUGGUUUCUGCUCCAACAGUGGAAUCACAUUUACAGGUUUCAUAUUGGUUAUGUAGUGUAGCCGGUCUAGUGAGACACCAGUGUGUGCGUGAGAAUUCUGAACCAAUAGUGGCGAUACCACUGAUUUGUAGCUUUUUGUAUCACAUCUGAGAGACGUAAAGGAGACAUUGAGAAUGACUAACGAUAUGUGACCAUAUAUAUUAUAUAUUCUUUAUAUAAAAUGUUAUGUUGUUACUGAUUUUGCGCUGGUCUUUACUGUCCCUUGGAGGGUAAAGUUCUCACAAAACUGCAAAAUUCAGUUGGAUUUCAAGGUUGUGCAGCUGUAGGUUCAGAAACUGCUCAAGAGUUGAGGGUCUGUACCUUAAAACAAAGUCCCCCAUAUAUGAGGGCACAGCAUUAACAUGGAUAGCUGUGGCAUAACAAUUAUACUGCCCAAAUAGAGAAGCAAAGGCCAUUAUUAAUGACUUAUAUGUUUAUUGUGAUAUAAUCAAGAAUAAGUUUUAGGUUAAGUCAUACCUGAAGGGAAAAUGUUUAUGAAGUCUGAGCACUGCAUAUGUCUCAGUGACGGUGUGACACAAUUUGGAGGUAGCAGAGUUGCUGUGGAGACGUAAGAUGGUGAAAUUGGGGUUAGCCCAGUGACAUUGGUACAUUGUAACAGCUUGAGCUAGGUUGGAAAUAAUGACAGAAGCUGAGUCAGAUGAAGAUAUGGUACAAGGGACCAGUUUUGUGGCAAUAUGCUGUGAGACAGAAUAUAUCUCUCACAGGCAUGGGAAGAAUUUUUUAUACAGUAAUAUAGCUAGCAUUGAUGUUGCUGUUAUUGUUAAAGCUCCAGUGAGAUAUUAGAAUUGACCCAAUCUUAUAAAUCUUCCGCGAUCUUGUCAUGACCUCCAUAGUUGAUGCUACACGUAAUAAUUAUUGCGUUUAUCUUCACAUUUGGCAGUCUUUGUAUACAUUAAGUAGUUUAAUGCUAGUCACUUUAUCUGUAUGUUUAAUGAAAAUCAUGAUUGUAGUUUUAUAUUUCAUUACCUCACUAUUUUCUGCACUUAACCACUGUAUACAUUAAGUUUUCAAUGGUGUCACCUUUAUUGUAAUUAUCGAUUCCUUUUAAUUAUUCUGUUAUAUUGAAACUGAAAAAUGCAAUGGUGCAACCGUUCAGAGAGCAGAUUGGUGCCAGUUGUUUAGAUUGAGCCAGGUUAAGAUUUAUACCUCAGUUUUUCCUUUUUCCCUUGGGCCAGUACUGCGAUGUGUUUUGUCACCCCCAUGGGCCAGCGCUAUGCUGCGCUGAGAGCGCUUAACUGCAUACACAACAGCUUUGCAGCCUUGUAUGCUGAAACCUUGCAUUUAGUUGGCUGUUUUUUCACUUCCCACUCACUUUCCUUCUUAUUGCCUUCUCAGCAGCGCAGUGUUACAUUCUCUCGUUCUUUGGCCUUUUACUAGCAAGCUUCUAUUAUUUUAUACCUAUAACUGAAAAUUUUGAAGCACUGAAAUCGCUUUUUUUUUUUUUUAAUAAAAGGAGAUUGAAGUACCUUUA